AUGGUUUCAAGAAAUUAUAGGCCAAGUAUGGAAAAAUCUAGUAUUGAUUUAAAUCAUGAAACAUCAUCGACAUCUGUCUCUGAAACCCAACCUGAACAUGGUCUUGAAGGGUUGGAAAAUGUAGUUCCACACAAUGAAGAUGAAUCAAGGCAUAAAUGUAAAGUCAAAUGGAGCAAGGAAGCCACUAUACUUCUGAUAAGUGGAUGGCUUAAUAAAUCUAAGGAUGCCAUUGUGGGGAAUGACCAAACUUCUACACAUUUCUGGGCUCGGAUCGCAGAAUACUACAACACCAACCAAAAAGGCGAGCAAGCAAGAACUGGAAGGCAAUGCAAAGAUCAUUGGAACAAGAUGAAUCAAAAGGUGCGCAUUUCAAUGGGUGUUAUAAACAAGUACAACAAGCACAUCACAGUGGAUGAGCCGAAAUGGAAUACAAUGUACCAACCAAAAAGUGGUAAGAGAACAAAGGUGUCAGAAUCAAGGGCAUUUACUUCUUCUUCCAUUGCAGACAUCAGUGAUGAUGAAAAAGCAUCUGCAUUGGAGAAAUUGGUGGCGAUAAAGGAGAAAGAGGCAGAAGAUAAUAGGAUGACAAAAUACAUGGAUUAUCUCAUCAUGGACACGUCGCAUAUGACUCCUGAACAAAAGAAAGAUCAUGAAAACUUGUUUCGACAAUGGAUUUGCCAAAUUCUCCGAAUCCAUACGACAAUAGAGGAUAUCAUAAUUGCAGAGUGUACUGACGAUCAUGAUGAUCAAUAUUUCAAAGCGCUCAUGGAUGGGGGUAGCUCAACAAGACAAGGAAGAAAGAGAGCCCACAUUGAUAGGGAUCAUGUAGAAGGACACCAACGUUUGUUCGAUGACUACUUUUUUGAUGAACCGGUGUAUACAGAAUAUCAAUUUCGAAGAAGAUUUAGAAUGCGUAGACAUGUAUUCCUACGCAUAGUGCAAGCUCUAGAAAAUCAUUCUGAGUAUUUCCAUAUGAGGUUUGAUGUAGUCGAUAGAAGGGGGCUUUCGCCAUUACAGAAGUGCACCGCUUCUAUGCGAAUGUUGGCAUAUGGAGCGCCUGCCGAUUAUGUUGAUGAGAAUGUUCAAAUUGGUGAAACUACCGCUAUUGAAUGUCUAGUCAAUUUCGUUCGAGGAGUGAAUGAUAUUUUUGGGACCGAAUAUUUAAGAUAG